AUGUUGAGUAAUCAUUUCAAAACUUUCCAACAAUACAAAUAUAAUCAAAAACGCUAUUUACCUGAAGAAAAUAAUCAUACUAAUACAGAAGAACUAGUCGGUAUUCAACAAAAGCCGCAACAAAUGAUCGAUUGGCUUCCAAUAAUGUCCAUAAUUGCAGCUGCUAUCAUAUGUUUUAUUGCUUUCAUUAUUCUAUGUAAACGACAUAUAAAUCAUCGUGGUUAUAUUCGUCCUCAAAUCAAACAGCGAGGAAAGAAUCGAAACAGAAAUAAUAAUCGGACUUCAUGGAAUACAUAUGAUGUUGCUGAAUGUAUUGAUGGUGAUAUUGAAUUUGUAGCUGGACUUAAUAUAAAUUUAGCAAGAGGUAGUUUCAUACUUAACGAUGGUCAUGCUCAAAUGAAAAAAAAUAAAGUCAAUGCUAGUAACUUACGAUCAAUUUAUUCAUCCACAACAAUGCUCGGUUUAAUUGUUAUCUUCACUAUAAUUUCAUUUGUCGAGCCGAUGGCUUUCAACGUUACUGGGAAAAAUCAACAAUGUUGUGGAACUUGCUUUGUCUAUGGUUGCCCAGUGGGUCAAUGUUGUUCACAAUAUGGAUAUUGUGGUGCGACACCAGAACAUUGCCAAGGAGCCAUAACACAAGGUGAUUGUAAAAAUAAAGGAUGCCCUGAUGGUUUAUGUUGUUCGAAAUUUGGUUUCUGUGGCAAUACACCUCAGCAUUGUGACAAUACACCAAUAACAAAUGGGAAUUGUAAAACGGAAGGUUGUCCACCAGGACAAUGUUGUAGUAGACAUGGCUUUUGUGGUGCCACAUUGGAACAUUGUGGUAAUCUUGAUCCAACCGCUGGCCAAGGAAAUUGCCAGCAGACAGGGUGUGCACCUGGCCUUUGUUGUUCAAGAUUUGGAUAUUGCGGAAGAACAGCAGAACACUGUGCAGGAACACCGGGAUCCCCCGCUCCAGGAGGAUGUGCAACUUGUCAUAAUAAUGUAUUGCCAAGUUGUGGUACUACUGGCUGUGCUGGCAAAAAAUGA